CAGACUUCCGGGAUCAUGGCAGGAGGCAACCAGACCAGCAUCUUUGAGUUCCUCCUCUGGGGAUUCUCAGAGCAACCAGAGAAGCAGCGAAUCCUCUUCCUGGUGUUCCUGUGGAUGUACGUGGUCACUGUGGCUGGGAACCUGCUCAUUGUCCUGGCCAUUGGCACUGAUGCAUGUCUCCACAUGCCCAUGUACUUCUUCCUUGCCAGUUUGUCCUGUGCAGACAUCCUUUUCACCUCCACCACCAUGCCCAAGGCCUUGGUGAACAUCCAGACUCAGAGCAGGUCCAUUUCCUACACAGGAUGCCUGGUUCAGCUCUACUUCUUCUUGACUUUUGGGGACAUGGACAUCUUUCUCCUGGCCACAAUGGCCUAUGACUGCUAUGUGGCCAUCUGCUACCCGCUCCACUACAAGAUGGUCAUGAGCCGCCGGCGCUGCACCCUCCUGGUUACUGCCUGCUGGGUCCUUAUGAGUCUUGUUGCCAUGACUCACACUUUCCUCAUCUUUUGACUUUCUUUUUGCUCUAAGAAGAUCAUUCCUGACUUCUUCUGUGAUCUGGGACCCCUGAUGAAGGUGUCUUGCUCUGACACUCAGGUCAAUGAGCUUGUGCUCCUCUCCUUGGGGGGAGCAGUCAUUUUAAUCCCCUUUAUGCUCAUCCUGGUCUCUUAUAUCCACAUUGUCUCAGCCAUCCUCAGAGUCCCCUCUGCCCAGGGACGGUGCAGGGCCUUCUCUACCUGUGGGUCACACCUUGCUGUUGUUGCCCUGUUCUUUGGGACAGUGAUCAGGGCUUAUCUGUGCCCCUCAUCCUCUUCCUCCAAUUCCAUAGAAGAGGACACAGCAGCUGCUAUCAUGGACACAGUGGUAACUCCCCUGCUGAACCCCUUCAUUUACAGCCUGUGGAACAAGGACAUGAAGUGUGCCCUGGUGAGAGUUCUCAGGGGCAAAGUCUUCUUUUCAUGGGGCCAGUGACUUCUGUAGUGAUAGUGCAGGGGUCCUCCAUCCCCUCCAGUGAGGAACUUUACAGAAACGUCUACCUCCGGUUUUUCACUUCUGACUCCCACAUAUGCCUUAUCACCACUCCCCUCCCCAAAUCCUUUCAUGAGUUUGAUAUUGUUGAGGAAAAUCAAGAUUUUACAUCACGCUUUAAAGUUAAUAUGUUAGGAGUUGCUUAUUUACUCAUUUGUUUUACUCAUAACUUUCCACAAGGAAAAAUACCUUUUGCGAUGUUUUUAAUUCUAGUUCUAAAAGUCUGUGCAGCCUUUUAUGCUAGUUCACCAAAAUUCAAUUAGUGAGGUCAUGGAAAAUGGAUUAGUGAUCAAAAUAUUAGCAAGCAAGGACAAUAUUGGAUGGCAAAGAGUU